UUCCGUGCCUGCUUAAGAUUUUUCGAGUCUGGAAGGUUUCAGUGACUUCCCACCCAGUUCUCAUGUCUCUGGAAGUUGCUCGUCUUCUUGCGCCCGUUCAUGGUAUCGGUUUCCUUCGAAACCCUGCUCUUCACUUCUCCUCAUUCUCUUUCCCUUUUCCUUCUCUCCAUGGAGCCUCAACAUUUUCUCGCUCAUUUUAUGUUCAUCCGCCUACACCCCUCGAUACGCCCAUUCUCGUCUGUCUCCGGCCUUACCGGCUGUUUCAUCGGUGAAUCAGGCGGUGACGGCUGAGCCUCCGGUGAAGAUGAUUGCUCUGGUGGGUGAAGGAGCUGUUAGUCCUCUGAAUUCUGCAUCCUGGGAAGAAGUCAUGCUUCACACUGCAAAAAGACUGAAAUGGGUUGACGAAGGGUAUGAACUUCUUGUAUUUACUGAUGAAUGCAUUCGAUCUAAUUCUAAUGGAGAUCUGACCGUGAGACUUAAGAGGGAAUUGCUUCAAACCGAUAUAUUGGUGAUUGUUUCUGUUGCACAUAGAGAGUCAAUUCAGUGGAUUAAGAUCAAUAGCAAAGAUAUACAAAAUGUAAUAUGCUUUGACUCUUCACCAGAUAUAGAGAACAAAUUAGGAGGCUGUUAUAUUCAUAAUGAAGCUAAAGGAAGCCUAUUUGACAAAAUGUUUGGAAAUUCUCAAUUGGAUAAAACAGGAGAGUCAUCUAGAGUGGUGCAGACUAUAUCUGAAGCAUGGGUUAGACAUAAUUCUGAUGACAUAAGGUUCUGUUUGUUGGUAAUCAUCAAUGCCUAUAUAAAGCCAGUUCCAAUAUUAAAGAACUUGAGAUCAAAGGGUUUUUCUACCUUGAACUGCAUGGUGAAGAAUUGUGGUCAGGAGAUACUUAAUUGCUUGUUGGAUUCCAAUUGUAGAAAAGCUCUUCAAUGCUUAAACAAAUGCAGUCCUGUUGACCAAGUAUGUAACUACCGCUGUAUUGCCUCAUACGAAAGUCCCAAUCUAGAGGCGUUUUCGCUUUGUGUAUUACAGAAAAACAACUGUCUAGAGUUGGAUGCGAAAAUCCCUGAUAAGCCAUGCGUGCCUCCGAUGGUUGAAUUUCGCGGUAAGAACUUGUGUCAUGACAUGUCUGAAGAUCUCUUUGUUGGUUGGUUAGGGGAUUUGGAAUGGAGUUGGCGUGUCAUAGCAGGGCAAAACCCAGCAUAUGAUCAAUUUCCAUGCCAGUACCAGCUAUUCUACAGGGGAAAGGCAAAAGGAUCAUUCUGGUAUGAACCAGUUUUCCAGGUGAGAACAUUAGAGGGUCAGCUGGUCUGGAGGAGGAGAAAAUAUAGGGUUAAAAGAGGUAAGAUUCCUGGGACAUUCUAUUUCAGUGUAUUGGAUAACGGAGUUGUUUCAAAUGAGUUUUGGACAAUUGUGGAUGUAUCUGAUGAUCUUAGUUGGGGUUUGUUCCAUUAUCAUGGUGCUGCUCGAGUUGCAGGGCAGUCUUAUACUGGGGCAGUUCUUGUUAGUCCAGAUGGUGCAUAUCCAAAUGACACAGCGAGGGAGAGAAUAGUUGUUGCCUUAGAAAAAUGUGGGAUUAAAGAGUGGGAGCUUUUUAGUGUUGACAAUUGUUCAUGCAUAGAUCCUCCCUUGGGAAUUCCAGAGGGUUCGAGAUUACAUUCUCUAAUCUCAAUUAGAGAUCCGAAUUGGGUUCCUGUCUGAUAUAUAACUCAGUUGAAACUUUGAUUUGAUUGAUCAGUAUUCUCAUCCA